AUGGAGCCGGUGCUCGCAUUUGAUCUCGCGAUCGGUUUGAGGGUAGGGCUCCUGUUGGUGUUGAAGAUGGUCUUCGAUAUCAGACCACUGAACACCUCGGUGUUCGCAAAGCCGCAAGACGCCCUCCCUGCCGAUACAGAUGCACUCGUUCGCGGACAACCUCAUCUGCUCUUUCAAAAAUGCUCUGAUGGAGUGGAGGACUCGGAGACCGGAACAGAACAGUGUAUUGAGGGUGUCAACAGUGAAGUGAAAUUGCGCCCGUCCCACGGCUCGUUGUUUGUGAAUCUAACCUUCAAGUCCUGGGGUCUCAUUUGGUCAGUUAGGCUGCUCAAGACAUUGUCUCGAUAUAUUGAACAGUCGGGCUGGCCAGUCGAGACAAACUCAAGAUCACUGCACCGAACGCAGAACUCGCAAAGGCGGUCCUUUCGCAGAAGAUAUCUCAACUGA